AUGAAGCUUGGUUUUAGAUGGUUCAGAUAUAUAGGGUAUGGUGUAUAUAAUGACUUGCGAAGCAGGUUGCCAUACUACAAAUCUGACUUUACAGAUGCAUGGAACUACAGAGUGAUACCAUCCACCACAUUCAUAUUUUUCACUAAUUUGUUGCCGGCUAUAGCAUUUGCCCAAGAUAUGUUUGAUAAGACAGACAAUAAAUAUGGAUUGAACGAGGUUUUGAUGAGUUCGGCCAUGGCAGGAGUUGCAUUUGGGUUGUUUUCGGGCCAGCCUUUAUGUAUGGUAGGAGUUACGGGACCAAUUUCGAUUUUCAGUUAUACGGUUUAUGAAUUAAUGGAGCCACGAGGAACACCUUAUUUUCCGUUCAUGUGCUGGAUAUACCUUUGGUCUAUGGUUAUGCAUUUCAUCAUCUCUUUUGGGAAUUUAAUUUCCUACUUGAAGAUUAUUAGUCUGUUUUCGUGUGAUGUAUUUGGGUUUUUCAUCAAUGUUGUUUAUCUUCAAAAGGGAGUGCAGAUUUUGAAUAACCAAUUCAGAAACGUAAGCACUGAGAGUGGAUAUUGUUCUGUAAUGAUCAGCUUAUUGAUGGUUAUAUUUGGAGUCGGAAGCUUUAUUUUCGGCAGUUCAUUGCAUUAUUUCAAAGGUUGGAUUAGAAAAAUAUUUACCGAUUAUGGUGUUCCCGCGAGUAUUAUAUUUUUUACUGGCUUUAUUCAUUUUGGAGGGAGUUUACAAGACACUGAAUUGGACAGAUUGCCUAUUACGCAAUCAUACCAACCUACAUAUCAUGGAGAAGGAAGAACCCAUGGCUGGUUCAUUCACUUCUGGCCGCCUCAUAUAGCUGUCGCCGAUGUAUUUUUGGCGAUUCCUUUUGCUAUAUUGUUAACCUUUUUGUUUUACUUUGACCAUAACGUCUCGUCACUUAUGUGUCAGCUGAAGGAAUUUCCGUUGGAAAAACCUUCUUCAUUCCAUUGGGAUUUUACAUUACUCGGUAUAACUACAGGCAUAGCGGGAAUAAUGGGACUUCCAGCACCUAAUGGUCUUAUACCACAAGCACCGCUUCAUACACAAUCGUUAGUUAUUCAUAAUCUCCAAACAGGAGAAGUAUUAUCUGUUGUUGAACAGAGAGUAACAAAUACAAUCCAAGGCAUUCUAACGUUUGUGAUGAUGAGUCGACCAUUUUUAGUUGUCUUGGGAUUGAUUCCUCAAGCACUACUUGCUGGUUUGUUUUUUGUUAUGGGUAUCACAGGUUUACAUGGGAACAUCAUCACAAACAGAAUUAGAUAUAUCUUUAUGGACUCUGAGUAUAUUCAAAAUGAUUCAACUUGCCCUCAAGUGUUCAGAGAUAUUGAUAGGAUACCGAACAAAAAAUGGUUCUACGUUUACUUGGUGCUUCAGUUAAUUGCAUUUGGCUUUGAAUUCGGUAUAACUUUGACCAAAGGAGCCAUAGGAUUUCCGGGAGUGCUUAUGUUCUUUGCCAUAUGUGCUGAAUGGGUCUGGCCUUUGAUUAUUCCACGGGAAGAUUUAGACAAUUUGGAUUCUGAAGUGGCAGACGAGUUCAUUAUUAGAAAUUUGCAAAUUGUUGACGAAUUAAAGCUGAGCAGUAAGUCUUCGAAGAGUUUUGAUCGCUCUGAUUAUGAUACGUAUGGUGGUGGAAUGCAUGAGUAUGAAUUGAGCGAUCGUGGCGGUAAUAGUGAAAACAAAUAA